AUGAGUGGAUUGAGAUUGUUAAUAGAAAAGAGAUCCACAAUAUUUAAUCAAAAUUUAAACCCUUUGAAUAUUAGGAAUGGCUUCAAGUACCUCAAUAAAAGAUUGAUUGGUCCAAAGGCCUUGGAGUAUUACCCACCUGCGAUUGAUAUUAGAUUAUUCAAGCAACUCAACAAUCUUCCUUCUACUUUCGUUACAAAUAAAGAGAAGCAGAGAUUGUUAGACGUUGAUGCAAGGAAGAGAAGGGGUAAAUCUCCACCAAAGAAGGGACAAGGCAGAAGAUCAAGUAUGAAGAAGAAGUAA